AUGCGGAUACAACUUCUACUCUUACUCUCUUCAUUCUGCUUUGCCGAUUCCCUCAAAAUUCUAAUGUUCAACCCGGGCUUCGGCCACAGUCAUAUGCGAUUUAUGGGCGGGAUUGCGGAUAUUUUAAUAGAAGCCGGGCAUGAGAUUACCGAAAUCCGUUCUACACUCGACACAACCGCCAGAUGGCAGGGUAUUUCAAAGAGCCAGGAAAUUCUGCUCUAUCCAGUGCAUCCGGAGGUUGAGGAGAUGAUGGCCGAUAUGCACUCGGGUCGCGAGGGCGGCUUCAUGUCCCAAAUCUGGACCCAAGUCAUGUCUCCGGCUAAGAUGUCGAAGAUGGCCGUCAACAUGACCAAGGCUUUUGCCAAGGCCUGCGAGCACGUAGUUUUCGAGACCGAUCUGCUCCAGACAUUAAAAGGGCGCCACUUUGACCUCGGCAUCAGCGAGAGCUUCGACGACUGCGGGCAUGGAAUUUUCGAGGUUCUCGGCAUCAAAACCGUGAUCACCACCUCGAGCUCGAACCUGAUGGAGCAUCAGGCGAUCCUUAUUGGAGUUCCGCGAGUUCCCAGCUACGUUCCAGGAGCCCUGGCCGAUACCUCUGAAAAAAUGACAAUCACCCAACGCGCCUUCAACGCUAUUGGAUCGUAUUUUGGCGCGAAAAUGUUCCUAACGUUGUUGGACGGGCAGACGGAAGUCUUCAGGAAGCACAUGGGACCGGAUUUCACGGAUCUGAGGGAGCUUAUCUCCCGCUCCGCCGUCGUCUUCACCAACACGCAGCCCUACAUCGACUUCCCGAAGCCGACCAUCUACAAGGUCAUCGACAUUGGCGGCAUUCACAUCAAGGACACGUCGAAUCAGAGGCUGGAUGAGGAAUGGAACAAGAUCCUCAACAAGAAAAAGAAAACCGUAUUGAUCUCCUUCGGCUCGGUGGCCAAGUCGUUCGCCAUGCCCGUCAGCUACAAGAAGUCAAUCAUCGAGGUGGUUAAGGGCAUGCCAGAUGUCCAAUUCAUCUGGAAGUACGAGAAGGACGACCUGAACACCUGGGAGCUGCCGGAAAAUCUGUACUUGAGCAAGUGGACCCCGCAGAAUGCCUUGCUAGCUGAUCCCCGCCUGAGCCUCUUCGUGACGCACGGAGGGUUGGCGAGUACGAUGGAGAUUGCUUACAGUGGAACCCCAGCCCUCGUCGUUCCCCUCUUCGCCGACCAAUCUCGGAACGCCCAAGUCCUCAUGCGACAGGGCGUUGCUGAAAAGAUCCUGAAAUUCGACUUGGAAAAUACCCAAAAGCUGUCCGAAGUCAUCAAAGGAAUGCUGGCUGAUGCUAGCUACAAGCAAAAAGCGCAACCCCUCUCGGCCAUGUUGAAAAACACCCCAUUCCGGCCCAAGGACUUGCUGCUGAAGAAUUUGGAGUUUGUGGCAAAGUUCGGCUCCCUGCCUCAACUCGACCCAUAUGGCCGUCAGCUCUCUUUUAUCCAAUACUACCUGCUUGACGUCUUUGCUGCUUUCGUUCUCGCCGCCAUCUCUGUACUUGUCAUCGCCUUUUUCGUGCUCCGCUUCCUUUUCCGACUCUGCUUCCAAAAGUCGAAGCCUAAGAGGGAC